GAAUUUACAGGCGCCUCUAAUAGAGUGCUAGGGGGUCCAAUCGACGAAUAACUUCUAAAGUGGAGAUAUUUCCUCAUAUAAAAUUUUUAUGGAUGAUGACAGAUCGUGGGGGUCGAAGCUAGAGAGAGAAAGAUUUAUAUGUUUAUCUGUGAAGUCAAAUUAUGUGGUUUUUUGUUUCUUAUYAAGAGAACUCCCUCCUUGAUUCUGAAAGAAGGCAUCUGCCACGUUCUGCUUCCUUAUUUAUAUUCCCUCCCCGGGCAAAGGUAAGCAGAAAACCAGAAACCAGAUGCUCUCUGAGAAAGAGAGAGAGAAAUGAGGAGCAUGAAAGGAGAGGUGUUACUGAACCUGCCCGCAGAGAAAGCAUGGCAGAUGUACAGAGACAACGAUGUGGUCAGUAAAAUCAAUCCUGAGCUGCUUUCUCGAGCUGAAUAUGUUCACGGAGAUGGUGGUCCUGGUACUCUCAGGCUUUUCAAGCUUGGCCCAGCUGUGAGAGGCUACGUGGAAGAAUCAGUGGAGAAGAUAGAGAAGGUGGAGACAGGUAGAUCAGUGAGCUACGACGUGGUGGGAGGAGAGCUGAGGAAGAUGUACAAUCCCUACAAAGUGACCUUCACAUUCACUCCAGUGGAGGGCAAAGAGAAGGAAAUGUGUGUUGCGCAGUGGAAAGCUGAAUACGAGCCACUCACUCCCACAAUUCCUCCGCCGGAGAAGGCAAGGGAUGCUGCCUUGCAAUUUCUCCAGUGCUUUGACAAGUUUCAGCUCAGCUACUAGCCAAACUCAAAACACCUUUUGAAUUUCUAUGUAUGAAAAUAACAAUGGAGAGGAAUGAAUGGAUAUAUAGAGCAGUGUAUGAACUCUCUGUGUCUCCUCUCCUGUGAAAAACCAGUUGGAGUUGUCAGUUCAGUUGAGUGUUAUCUGUGAAUUUAAUGUAUUGUAUGUAAAUCCAAUGGUGAAGUCAAGAAGAAUGUCAUGUUAUUUUAUGUGGGUUGGCUUUUCUGAACCAAGCUA